CACUGUAUAGAGCAAUACUCUAAUGCAAUUAGUGGGCUAAAGUCAGUCACACCUCGACUUUCUUCCAAAUAACGCACAUUCAUAACAUUAUAAUUACAGGCCUAUAAUUCCUGCACGUUUUAGUUUUUUCUGAAUUGUGUGAAAUGGCUAAUACAAAUACUCGGAGGGGGUCUCGCCCAGGGCGUAAUUCCGUGUAGAACCGUUUGUGGGUGUGUAUUUGCUUUUGUGUUUUUGCUUUGGAUGUUUCUAGAAAGGAGAGCCCUGCUAACCAGACAGGAGAAAGAAGAAGAGCGAGGUGUUCUGCCUACUUGGAAUGCUAAUACUUUGUUUUGGAACUGGAGAACUGCAGGGGUAGGGCACUAUAAAAGCUGGGUCUUUGGACUGUCUUUCGUGUUGAAACAAGAAACUAUGGACAGAAAACUGUUGCCAGUAAUUGGACUGUUGCUUCUCUGCAGCCUUACCGACCAGACACAUCCACAUAAGAUGCAUCAAAAGGCACUGACUGCUCAAGGUCAAGACUGUACAGCAAUCAAAGCUUCCACCCCUAAUGCUCAAAGUGGCGUUUACAUCAUACAGCCUAGAGGAGCUCACAAAACCUUCAAGGUGUACUGUGAGAUGCUGGCAGAUGGGGGCUGGACAGUAUUCCAGAGACGUAUUGGCGGGGAAGUGUCCUUCGACAGAAAGUGGGCAGGGUACAAACAUGGCUUUGGAAACAUCGAAAAGGACCACUGGCUGGGCCUGGCCAACGUGUGGGCUCUCACCAGGAGCAGUGAUCAGACGUCCGUCCUCAGAGUAGACCUGUGGGACUUUGAAGGGGGAGCUGCCUCUGCAGAGUACAGCCAUUUUAGGAUUGGUCAUGAGCAAGCGGCCUACAAUCUGAGUGUUGGAACUUACAAAGGCACUGCAGGUGAUGCUAUACGCGGAAGAUACAGUGGUAUUGACCAGAAUGGCUUUGGAUUCAGCACAGUGGACCGAGACAAUGAUGGCUGCUCCCCGUGCAUCUUUGGGGACAUCGCUACAAACGACUGUGCGUCUUCAGAGAGGGGCGGCUGGUGGUUCAGCGGCUGUGGCUCGGCCACCCUUAACGGGCAUUGGCACCCAGCAGGCGACAACAUAGGCUGGGCGUCUGAAGUGCACUGGGACACGUGGAAAGGCCCGACCCCAUACUCCCUUAGAGCCACCCGAAUGAUGGUGAAGUCCAUGUGAGGCCACCUCAUCCAGUGGCGUCACUAUGGUUUUGUCCUUUAACAAGAGAGACUUUUGGUCCAUUAAGGAUUUCUGCUUUAAUAGUUUCAUUUAGGAUAUUCAGAACAUAAGGUACCAUUCAAAGCUCAGAGGUGGCUGUGAAACAAUGCUAAAGUAUGAUGGAUUCAAAU